AUGGAUCUUGUAUUCAAAUACGGUGGUGUUUUGAAUAUUCCUGAUUAUAAUUGCUCAGCUUUGCCUGAAAAAGAUCGAGUUGGAAUGAAAAGGCCGUACCUUGGUACCAUUUCAAUUGUCUAUGGGAUCAUAGCAACUCUUCUAUUCCUCCCAUGUCUCAAAGUUUGCCUAACUCCAAAUCUCAUCAAACUUUCUUGCUAUAAAAUCAUGUUUUUUGUGGGAGUUGUUGAUGUUGGAGCCAUUUUCAUGUGCUCGAUUUUAACUGGAUGGUUGGCUCUUCAUGGGGCCGUAUUUUGUAAUUACCCGAGGAUGAUCUAUUAUUUUGGGGAGUUUGGAUUGUGUGCGUGGCUUUGCUCGUGUUUGGCGAAUAUUUUAUUGUUGAUCAAUAGAAUUUUGAAUUUCAAAAGUCCUAAUUUAGCAGAUACUAUUUUUGAGGGCCGAAAAACUAUUUAUCUUCUAACUCUUCCUGUAAUCUAUGGAUUGUAUUCAGCGAUUUUCACCAGAACUAUUUGCUUCAACUCAACUUAUUAUGCUUGGUUUUUUGAUCCAUUUAUUUUCCCCGAUAAUCGAUAUGAUUAUUCGAAUGAUUUGCAUAGUUUUAAUAACUUGGCUGUUGUGAUUUGCACUUGUUUUUUGUAUAUGUAUGUUGGAUUUAUGGUGAUUAUUCAGUGGGGGAAAAGUGAAGUUCAGAGUUUUUCAAAGAAGGUUGGUUUCCUAUAG